AUGUCGUGCAGUGGGAGCAUGGCCGGGAAGGGCGCCCAGUACCGCGUGGAUCAUCUGCUCAGUGCCGUGGAGAACGAGUUACAGGCUGGUAGCGAGAAGGGUGACCCCACAGAGCGUGAGCUCAAGGUAACCCUAGAAGAGCCAGAGCUAUGGCAGAAGUUCAACGAGCUCACUAACGAGAUGAUCGUUACCAAAAAUGGCAGGAGGAUGUUCCCUGUCCUAAAGGUGAAUGUAUCCGGAUUAGAUCCUAGUGCCAUGUAUUCUUUCCUGUUGGACUUUGUAGCCGCUGACAAUCACAGAUGGAAGUAUGUUAAUGGUGAGUGGGUGCCAGGAGGAAAACCAGAGCCCCAGGCUCCAAGCUGUGUCUACAUUCACCCUGAUUCCCCAAAUUUUGGAGCUCGUUGGAUGAAGGCACCUGUCUCAUUCAGCAAAGUGAAGCUGACUAACAAACUUAAUGGAGGCGGUCAGAUAAUGCUGAAUUCCUUGCACAAGUAUGAACCCAGAAUUCACAUUGUGAGGGUCGGAGGCCCUCAGAGAAUGAUCACUAGUCACUCUUUUCCAGAGACACGGUUCAUAGCAGUGACAGCCUACCAGAAUGAGGAGAUAACAGCACUUAAAAUUAAGUAUAAUCCAUUUGCAAAAGCAUUUCUUGAUGCCAAGGAAAGAAGUGAUCACAAAGAUAUGAUGGAAGACCUGAGUGACAACCAGCAGUCUGGAUAUUCACAGUUAGGUGGCUGGUUUAUUCCUGGUACAGGCAGUCUAUGCCCUAGUAGUAAUCCUCACACACAGUUUGGAUCAGCCCUAACACUUUCAUCUUCCCAUGGCUGUGAACGCUUCUCAUCACUAAGGAAUCAUCGGUCUGCUCCAUAUCCAAGCUUGUACACCCACAGGAAUAGCUCUCCAACAGAAUAUACUGAUAACUCCUCCAGCUGCCUUUCCAUGCUUCCGUCCCAUGAUAACUGGUCGAGUCUGCAAGUUCCAUCCCACACCGGCAUGCUUUCUGUGAGUCAUGGCACACCGUCUUCUACUUCAUCCAGCCAGUAUCCCAGCCUGUGGUCAGUAAGCAACAGCACUAUUACACCAAUAUCGCAGUCUGGAGGAGUGGCAAACGGAUUGGGAUCUCAGUUCCUGCGGAGUUCAACUACUCACUACUCUCCUCUUUCUCACUCUGUCACAACACCUUCCUCUGGCUCCCCAAUUUAUGAUGGGGGGUCUGCUGCAGAUGUGACAGACAACCAGUAUGACAUCUCAUCACAUGCCAGGCUGACAUCUCCAUGGUCUGCUAUCACACCAUCAUCCAUGUAA